GCUGACUCUCCCCAACAGCUGGCCGCGUGAGUGGAGGUUGUGGAUAGUGAAUAUCGGUGUUUGUUUCAUCUUCAACAAAGCAUGUCAAACUUAGUGCCAUUUCUUCGCCAUGCUAAGGAAACACUGAGCUCCUGCAAAAAGGUCCAAGUCGUCAUGGGGAACGAGGCUUGUGACCUUGACUCCGCCGUCAGUGCCAUCACCUACGCCUUCCUCCUCCACUCCCUAAGGGCGGGACGCGAGGACAGCGGCGGUGGCGAGGGCGAGGGCGUGGGCGUGGGCGUGGUUCCCUUGCUGAACAUUCCCCGGCGCGACUUCCCCCUGAGGACGGAAGUGACCUACUGGCUGGGCAAGCAUGGCGUUUCUCAGGAGAUGCUGGUGUUCAGAGACGAGAUUAGCUUACACGACCUCCACCAAAAAGGGAACCUCCAGCUGUUUCUCGUCGACCACAACAUCUUACCAGCUGGCGACGCGAGUUUGGAAUCAGCUGUUCGUUACGUCAUCGAUCACCACCAGCUGGAACGGCAAGUCGGGGCAGGCGCUGACGAGAUCCUGCUGGAGAUGGUGGGGUCCUGCUCGACACUGAUCGCCGAGAGGAUUCUGGAGGAGAACAGAACACUGCUCGAGGAGGACGAAGCGGUGGUCCGGCUGCUUCAUGGCACAAUCAUCUUAGACACGAUCAACCUGAGCGAAGAGGCGAAGCGGGUGACGCCCAAAGAUGUUCGGGUCGUCAAGGAACUCGAGGCGGUUCUCAGCACGCCGCCGGACAGAACGCAGCUCUUCGCCGAGAUGACGUCAGCGAAGGGCGACAUCUCGAGCCUGACGACGGAGGAGCUGCUGAGGAAGGACAGGAAGGUCGUCGGCGGAAGGCAGGUCGUGGUGGGCAUGUCGUCGCUGCCGCUCAGGGUGGAGGAUUACCUCCAGCGGGCGGACGUGGGCGUGUCUCUGGAGCAGCACACGGGCGCCCACGUCAUCGUCCUGAUGGGGAUCAGCUUGGCGGGGAACUCGGUCGAGAGGGACAUCGCCGUCUACUCGAAGGACGAGGAACUGAGGCGGAGUCUCACCCAAUACCUCGAAGAAGCGCAAGGCGGCCUGCUGCAACUAGCAAGCAUGGACACGAACGUUGCACAUUGCAAGGCCUAUCAACAGAAGAACUACGCUGCCUCCAGAAAAGUCGUGUUGCCGCUCGUCAAAGAAUGGCUGGCUGCUAAGAACCUCUGAGGAUUUUUUAAUGAGAUUCUGUUUUUUAUUAUUAUUUAUUUGUUGAAUUGUUGUCAUUAUUGCUGUUGUGGUUGUUCUUGUUUUAUUGUUAUUAUUAUUGUUGUUAUUAUCGUUAUUGUAAUUGUUAUUAUUAAUUAAUAUUAUUAUUGUUAUGAUGAUGAUAAUGAUGAUAAUGAUGAUAAUGAUAGUUUGUGGAUAGUAACUAGUGGAUGGUCUGUGGAUAGCAAUCAUUGGGUAAUUUGUGGAUAGUAAUCAGUGGAUGGUCUGUGGAUAGCAAUCAUUGGAUAGUGUGCGGAUAGUAAGCAUUGGAUAGUAUGUGGAUAGGCUAGCAAGACUAGAAAUGUUGCUGUGUGGAAUAAGAAUACUUUUCUAUUUCAACUUUUUCACUGUCUAUUGAUAAUAGAAUGUUUACUUUCUUAUAGAACUAUUAUCUACGGGUUUAUUUUUUUGCGUCCAGAGUAAAAAAAAUGUAUUUAAUUUCAUUAU